UGCUGCUGCUGUGGAUUUGAUUGACAGGAAACAUGUCGGUGUGGUUGGAGCGAACCUGGAUGCAGCUGCCAGCUCAGGAGACGGGGAGUACCUGCGCCCAGAUCACAUAUCACCUUUAAAAUGACAAUGCGUCGCUCGCUAACAAGCGAUCCGUUGGUGACGAAGCGUUGAACAGCUUGUUACAUCUUUUCAAAAUGAACAACCGCUAACUGGAUUGAGCUAAUUCAAGCGCUCUGCUCAGAUUUGUGUGUCUGCCUGUGCAUCUUCAUAGUGUGUGUGAUAUCGUCUCAGCAUCAACACUCAAUCAGAGACACCUUGAUGAAACACCAGGAAAUACGAGGACUGCUGCAAUGGAUUCGUCUCACACAUCUCAAGUCUCGUAUAUAAACCCUUCAUACUACAAUAUGUCAUCACACCUUGGUUGGCAUUUUGCAGCUUCUUCUAUCUGAUGGGGUUUUCCACUUUUAGGUUCGGUGUAGAAUUUUUGUAAGUGCAGAUAAAAAAUUAACGACCACUGAGGGCAAACUAUGGACGAAGAGAAUAUGACAAAAAGCGAAGAGCAGCAUCUUAGUUUGGAAAAAGCCUUGCAACAGUGCGAGUUGGUGCAGAACAUGAUAGACAUUAGUAUCUCCAGUUUGGAGGGGUUACGAACCAAAUGUGCCACAUCCAACGACUUGACACAGAAAGAAAUACGGACGUUGGAGGGGAAGCUGGUGAAGUACUUCAGCCGGCAGCUGUCCUGCAAGUGCAGGGUGGCGUUGGAGCAGCGUAGCCCAGAGCUAGAGGACUUCCCCCGCCUCGGACACUGGUUCAGGAUCGUCAACAUGAGGAAGGAGGUCACCCAGGAGAUGAGUCCUGGGGAGGUGACCCUGGAGGCCCUGUUAGGGAUGGAGGACGAGCAGGUGUGCGAGGAGCUGCACAAGUUCGGGGCCAACAAGGAGGAGUGCGCUCGCCUCAACGCCUCUCUGUCCUGCCUCCGGAAGGCUCACGAGUCAGAACGACAGGAGGAGGAGAAAUUCCACAGCAACGGAGCGGGCAGCCAGAUCAAUCAGGACUGGGCCAUCCAGUGGCCCACCUCCGAGUCGGGGAAGGAGAACACCCCGGUGUGCCAGCCCGAACCCAGCCAGUGGAUCCGCUUCCAGCUGUCCCAGAGCCCCCAGGUCCAGACGCGGGGCCUGCAGCAGGCGUGCCAGUCCCCCCAGGCCCUGGGCCCGUCAUGCUACCCGGACCGGCUCACCGUGGACGGCCACCCCGCGGGCCUCCUCCCCUCCCUGGACUCGGGCCACCGCUCGCUGCCCCCCUCGCCCCGCCAGAGGCACUUUGCCCACACGCCGCCGCGGACGCCCCUGGUGGUGAGCACCAUGACGCCCCCGGGCACCCCCCCGAUGCGCUGCAGGAACAAGGUUAAGGCCCCCGGGACGCCGCCCCCCCAGAGCCGCAAGCUCAUCCACCUCCUGCCCGGGUUCACGGCGCUGCACCGCAGCAAGUCCCACGAGUUCCAGCUGGGGAACCGAGUGGAGGACCCGCACACACCCAGAGCGAAGAAGAAGAGCAAGCCUCUGAACCUGAGGAUCCACAGCAGCGUGGGCAGCUGUGAGAACCUUCCGACCCAGCGCUCCCCGGUGCCGGGCCAGCGCCCCGCACUCCCCCCCCUCCACACCGAGCGCUCGCUGCGCUCCUUCUUCUUCCCCACCUUCAUCCCCUCCACCCCCCCGGUGCACUCGGACUCCUCCAACCCCUCCGCAAACACUCUGUCAGUGCCUCGCUGGUCCCCUCAGAUUCCCCGAAGAGACCUGGGAAACUCCAUUAAACACAGGUUCUCCACCAAGUACUGGAUGUCCCAGACCUGCACCGUGUGUGGGAAGGGAAUGUUGUUCGGACUCAAAUGUAAAAACUGCAAGCUGAAGUGCCAUAACAAAUGCACCAAAGAAGCCCCGCCCUGCCAUCUCCUGAUCAUCCAGCGAGGAGGACGAGACUCGCUCAAAGACCACCAAGGAACAUCCCAAGCCCGUUUGGUGCGGACCGAAUCGGUACCGUGUGACAUCAACACGGCCCUCAGAUACACCGACCUGCACAUCAGCCAAACUCUGCCCAAGACCAACAAGAUCAACAAGGACCACAUUCCUGUCCCCUACCAGCCAGAUUCCAGCAGCAACCCCUCCUCCACCACCUCCUCCACCCCUUCCUCCCCAGCACCGCCCCUGCCCUCCAGCGCCACGCCCCCUUCGCCGUUACACCCUUCUCCGCAAUCCGCCCGGCAACAGAAGCAGUUCAACUUGACAGCCUCCAGUUACUUCAAAUACAAGCAGCAGUUCAUCUUCCCCGAUGUGGCCCCCGAGACCCCCCCCAGCCGAGCACCCCAGGUGGUCCUGCAUCCAGUCCUGUCAGAACCUGGAAAUGUGGGGAACCCUUUACUCCAGAUUGAAGUCGAACCGACGUCAGAUAACGACGAGGGCAACGGCGAGGCGGAGGACUCGGGCGACGAGUUCGAGGAGAUGAACCUGUCGCUGCUGUCGGCCCGGAACUUUCCGCGCAAGGCCAGCCAGACCAGCAUCUUCCUGCAGGAGUGGGACAUCCCCAUCGAACAGCUGGAGAUGGGCGAGCUGAUUGGGAAGGGCCGCUUCGGCCAGGUGUUCCACGGGCGCUGGCACGGCGAGGUGGCCAUCCGCCUCAUCGACAUCGAGCGGGACAACGAGGACCAGCUGAAGGCCUUCAAGCGGGAGGUGAUGGCGUACCGCAACACGCGCCACGAGAACGUGGUGCUCUUCAUGGGCGCCUGCAUGAGUCCUCCUCACCUGGCCAUCAUCACCAGCCUGUGUAAAGGCCGGACCCUGUACUCAGUGGUGAGGGACGCCAAGGUGGUCCUAGACGUCAACAAGACUCGACAGAUAGCACAGGAGAUGGUCAAGGGGAUGGGCUAUCUCCAUGCAAAGGGGAUCUUACACAAGGACAUGAAGUCCAAGAAUGUCUUCUACGACAACGGCAAAGUGGUCAUCACUGAUUUUGGACUCUUCACCAUAUCUGGGGUUCUACAGGCGGGAAGCAGACGGGAGGACAAGCUGAGGAUCCCCAGUGGCUGGCUCUGUCACCUGGCUCCGGAGAUCAUCGGACAGCUCUCCCCCGAAACCGAGGAGGACCAGCUCCCCUUCUCCAAACAGUCCGACGUCUUUGCGUUUGGGACCAUCUGGUACGAACUGCACGCACGCGAGUGGCCUUACAAGAACCAGCCUGCUGAGGUGAUCUUGUGGCAGGUGGGCAGCGGGAUGAGGCCCAAUCUCACCCAGAUUGGCAUGGGCAAAGAGAUAUCGGACAUCUUGUUAUUCUGCUGGGCCUUCGAACAAGAGGAGAGGCCGAGUUUCUCCAAGCUGGUGGAGCUGCUGGAAAAGUUGCCCAAAAGAAACCGUCGCCUCUCACACCCGGGGCACUUCUGGAAGUCAGCUGAGUAUGUCAAAUGAGCUAGGGACAACACAACCACCACUACCCAUGACUCGAACAACUCCUUAAGAGUCCUAGAGCCAAUCAAACUGCCUCAGACUGUCUUGAGUUUGUGGAAUGUCCGCAUGUGUGUGUCAGAAACGGUUUGGUUUCUUAAAUUCCCUUCAAUCUAGAGGUUUCCGCCUCCUUCUGAACUCGCAUCUUCUUUGGUUUAUGAUUUAAUGAUGUGGAAGAUAUAUUUUGUUGGUUUCCUUUAAACUGACUGUUCUUUUUAUAGUUUCUUCCCUGUAUUUAUUUGUGUUCCACGUUUUGUUAUGACACUGUGUCAUGGUUUACGUCAUUGUGAACUGAAAGAAUGCAUUUUUGAGAACAAACCGCUGUCGCUUUCGUGUUCCUUUCCUUUGGUGAAAAAUACUGAAUGAAUGUCAAUCUUUUACGAAUUGUCAAUUGUGUAUUUUCAAACCAUUGUCUUGCCAUUUCUCAUGUCUGUCUGCCGUAACAGUCGUCUGUUACCUCACGGUGUCUCAUGCGUGAAUGUUCAUGGAUGUUUGCCUCUGAGCUUUUAUCUUAAAGUAAAACAUUAUUAUAUACCGUUGAAUGUGAAAAACCUGCCGUUCUGCUAGUUUGGAUGGUAGGAUAAGUACCUUGGUAGGAGACUGUUCUCCGAUCGGCCUGUUGCUUUGAUUAUUGCCUGUGAACAGUAGUGAGACGUUUUCGCUACGGCGCAGCAAACAGCUGUUGACUCAUCACUCUUGACUCACUGGGACAUUUUCACUACAAAGUGAAAAUGUUGACCCUUGAAUUGUAUCUUGUUACAAACUUGCUAGCUAAUCGCACUGGAGAGAAGCUGUGACUGAGCCCUUGGAGAAACUAGCAUUUAAUGUUUCAGAGGUCAGUGUUGGAAUAGACAUAUUCAGCUCUGAUUGUACAUUCGUUGAUAGCAUAAUGCACAUAACCAUUUGUCAACCCACCUAUUACAAAGCACUUUCCUCUCAGACACAAUGACAGAAGUACAUCCAGUGGUGAACACUGAAGCUACAUGACAUUGACGGGACCAUUAGGAAAUCAUUUAUCGUCCUGAUUGAUUUAGCGGCGAUAACUGAAUUUGAAGUGAUUUGCGGAGGAAGUUGGAAUCAAUAUUGACAUUGUCAGAGUUUCCAAAUCCAUAAUGCUAAUUGUUUGCCUCUCUGGCGCGCGGUCAAGGUAGUGAACCUUGUAACUUCCCUUUUUCCUUUUCCACAUCCGACAUAUCAAUGCACCGACCAUAGCUGUGUUUUGUAUUUCACAUCUAUUUCAAAAUCACUGUCCGUGUGUGGAACAUAGGAAGACUGAGGCGUGCCACAGUGGGGACACGUGUCAGGGUAGGGGCUGUAUACUGCUUUUCAAUCUUUACAAACAAGUCUCGCAGACACAGACCGUUCAAUUGUGUAAAGAGCCAUUUCUACGUCAUUCUACACGCAGCUACUGGUGUUGGAAAUGCAUACAAACAAUUUGCUGCUGUUUUUUGGAGUACAUCUGUCUAUUUUGGAAUUGCUGGAAUUCAUAUUUGUACUGUUGAUAACUUUUAAGUGCAUGAGAUGGACCAGAAAGAUAUAUUCUUGUUGUUAUGAAUAAUGGGACCCUUCAGCGCGAUAUCUCCCCACGUGAUCACUCUGUUGUACUGUAAAUAACACCAACACAUGAAAUGGUAACAGCUGAAGUUUUAUCACAGUUCUACUGCAAGCUUUGUAAAAAAAAAAAUGUUUUAAAAAGCGAUGUUUAAGAGAAUGAUUGCUAUAUUAUAUUUAUACAGUAUAAUGACCCUAUUGUGAAAGGAACUAGCAACAUGCGCAUUUCCUGGAAAACAGAGUAAAACACAAACAUGAGAGACAUUUAGUGCCAAGUGUACAUACCAGAUUGUAGACCUUGUUUUAUCGACUUUUGCCGUAAUUCAAUAUUUCAUGUGAACUUUGACCUCUUUUUUAUGUACGAAUUGUGUUGUGCCCUUGUCGUAUUUUUUGUUGGUUUCACUUUCAUUUCUUCAUUUUUCCUUCUGAUAUUGAAUACGCAUUGAUACUGUGUUUCUUUUUUCUGAUUGAGUCCCUGUAUUGUAGAGUAUAGUUCCAAACAGCUUGUAUUAAAUGAUGCC